AUUCUGGUUCUAUUCUGGCCGCGGUGUGGACGUUGGGAAGUGUGUAUCUAGAGAUUUUUUUUUGUUUAAAAAAAGUGGAUGUCGUGUUUUGUGUGAACAAAAAUGCGUGCUAUGGUGCGAGGCGUGACGCCGAGCGUCUCGCCUCUUUUCGAACGCAAAGCAGUCUCCGUGCAGUGAAGUCAGGGUAACCGCAUAAGUGUGCCGACAGCAUCACACAACGCACGUGUUUCUCAGUGAAUUCAGUUAUACCCAGUGAUCAGCUGAUUUUUGUGACUGUUGUUCAGUGUACCCCUGCCGUUGGACGAGAUUUCAACCUGUUUCUUCGAAAUAUUGAAAUGUUACUCAGAUUACUAAAACUGUAAUCCUUAUGUCAAGAAGGUACACAACAUUUACUAAGCGAUCGCGGCACAACAUAAAAAGUGAUCUUUUUGAAAGUGUGAGUACGAGGACCAGCCCGUCCUUGAUGUACUCGACAACUUACAAUCCUUGCGCCCUAACCCUUUGUAUAUCGAAGAGACCUUGUCGUUACUCCGCCAGAGAUCCCAGAUUAAGACUCUGGUCGAGAGAACUAAGCAUCUCUUCACCGUAGAAGAAAUUUGAUUAGAAAUUCAAUACUAGACCAUUGUCUCGAAAAGGAAAUAAUUAGAGACAAUCGAGUACGCACUAGGCAGUACUUAAGAGAUUCCUAUUGAAAAACUAAUGGACUCUCAAACAGCCUACAGCAAUGGAAUUCCAGGCAAAGAGAAGUCAUUUAAGUAUGAAUCGAAAGUACCGUCUGAAGAGGAGAAGACUACGUCACCACUUCUUGACAGAACGAGUGACAUCAAGUAUAUAGACUCACAGGACGAGAAGCACGAUACAAGAGAUGUUGUGAAGUCUGAAAACGAUCUCAACACUAUCAAUUCAAUGAAAACGGAAUCCAAUAAUAAAGACAGAGAUAGUUUAUCUGUUUCUUACCACAAAAAUGACGAUGAUGCCAGUGCUAAUGAAGGUGUUAAGUUUUUGGGACUUGGGGACGCUGAUAGUAUUUGUUCAACCAAACCACCAUCAGAACAUUCGCCGCAAAUACCAGAUGGAGGAUGGGGAUGGGUUGUAGUUGCUGCCUCUUUCCUUGUCGCAACGGUGGCUGACGGACUAGCCUUCUCUUACGGACUGAUCAAUGAGAAGUUUGUUACCUAUUUUGAACAGAGUGAAGCUAAGACUUCUGUUAUUGGCAGCUUAUUUAUAUCAGUACCUCUAAUAGCUGGACCGGCUAUGAGCGCUCUUGUUGAUAGGUAUGGCUGUAAAAAUAUGACUAUAUUGGGAGGAAUAGCAUCUACAAUCGGUUUUGUUGCUGCCUCUUUCAGUAAUUCAGUUGAAGUUCUUUGUGUAACGUUCGGGUUGAUGGCUGGAUUAGGAAUGGGUUUACUGUAUGUAACAGCUGUUGUAUCUAUAGCGUAUUGGUUUGAGAAGCGACGAAAUUUAGCUGUCGGACUGGGCUCUUGUGGUGUUGGUUUUGGAACUUUCGUAUAUGCACCUUUAACGACAUACCUUUUGGAUGAAUUUGGUUGGAGAGGAACACUGUUACUUCUUGCUGGUACUGUGCUUAAUGUAUGUGUUUGUGGAGCUGUAAUGAGGGAUCCGGAAUGGUUGAUAUUGGAACAGAAAAAGCAACGCAGGCUUAACAAAGCCAAAAGAGCUUCUAGUUCGGUUUCAAUAUCAGCUAAAUCUGGAGGAGGAGAAUCGGUGUCAGUAUAUCCUGGAGCUGAAGAAUUAAAAACUUUAAUGAAAAGUGGCGAAACACCAGAAUAUAUUCUAACGGCGCUUGUAGCAUCUAUUGCUGAAGCUGAAGAUUUAGAAGCUGCAACAAAACAAAAUGCUGAAAUAGCGAAAUACAAAAACAGUUCUGUGAUUAACCUGCCGACAUUUUUAAAACAAAGUGAAAAGGUUCCAGUUGAAGUAUUAGAUCAAUUGACAUCCAACAAGAGACUCUAUAAUAUAAUCUUACAAAAUUAUCCAUCUCUUCUUGCGCUAAGAAGUAAUUCGGAACAAAAACUGCCUAAUGAACCUGUUGCAGAAGUGUCGAAGGGAAAACCUAUAACCAUGUCGAUGAAGCUUAAGUUAAAUAAAAAGGAGAAAAAAGAUUUUGAAACUAAAUUAGAUCAAGUUAGACAAAGUCUCUUACAACCGAUUCCUGAAAAUAAGCCUGCUGUUAUUCAGCCCAAGAGUGAACGCCAUAAUUGGUUUACAAAUCAACUUCACACUGAUCGUCACUAUUUGAGAGAUAUUCGAGUUCAUCGUAAUUCUAUUAUGCAUCGAGGUGCUAUGAUGAAUAUUGCGAAAUAUAAAUUGAGAGCAUCAUCUUGCCCCGAUAUUUAUAGAAAUUCGAUGUGGUCUAUGGAAGAUCAAGAAGAAAAGACUUGGGGAAAGCGAUUAGCAAGCAUGAUUAACAAAACCUUUGAUUUCAACAUGUUCACCGAAUUCCACUUCCUCAUGAUGAAUAUAUCGACAUUAGUUCUAUUCAUUUGGUUCAUUGUCCCUUAUUUCUAUAUCUCCAAAUUUAUGACCAGUAGUGGAUACAGCGAGGCCCAAGGUGCUGCUAUGUUGAGCGUCUUCGGCGUUGCUACUAUCAUAGGCAUCGUUGGACUUGGCUGGAUGGGCGAUCUUCCGUGGGUUAACGUCACUAAAACCUAUGCGUUAUGCUUGAUCGUCUGCGGCUGCACAAUCGCCUUCUUCCCUAUUCUAAUCCGCAUUAUGGACCCAAAGGAAUCAUACAGUUUCUACAUAUUAGUAAUAAAUGGGGUUUUAUUCGGGCUGAUGUUCUCCAGUUCUUAUUCUUACACUCCCAGUAUACUAGUGGAACUCAUUGCAUUGGAGCGCUUUACAAUGGCUUAUGGAUUGGUGUUGUUAAGUCAAGGUGUUGGACAUCUGGUUGGACCGCCUAUGGGUGGUGGACUGAGAGAUUCCACAGGCUAUUGGGAUGCCGCUUUUUACAUUUCCGGUAUUUGGGUGGUGAUAUCGGGAUUACUGGUCGGCGUUAUACCAUACACGAAGAACUUCCGAAUCUGUGGCAAUGCACCACUCGCUAAGGACGUCGCAGGAGAACCUGAUCCUGGAGUUAAGAUUAUUAUCGCUCACUAAGAGACUCUUUACAUGAACCUCUUUUAUUUACGUAAUAGGACUUGUGUAUGCUAUAGAUAGGCAUAUUUAAAUUAACCAUGGCAGUAAAGAAGAAUUGCUUUAGUAUAGGUAUUUUAAUUUUACUUAAAAUCCUACAUCAUGUAUUAGAUGUAAUUAAGCGAGUAUUUGAUAUAAAAUGAAAUAGAAAAACUUAAAAUAUAAUGAUUUUUAAAGUUUUAUUUUAUUUUAUAAAUAGUAAUAGGAAACUGUGUAUACUGCCAAUUAAAUAGGUAAAUUAUUUAAAAGUAUCAACCAAUUGGUACCUUAAACAAUAAAUUACUUUAAAUGUUGGUCAAAACAGUGAACUAUCAAUGUUUUUAGAUUAGUUUUUAUUAUUGGAAGCAAGUCUAGGGUUGACCUAACCUUAGUUGUAACAGUAUGGCCUAUUGUUGAAUUCGCGUCGCGUGUUUCGUUUAUUUAAAGGUUUAAGGAGUGUCUCGUGGAACGUUAGUCAUAAUUUAAAAAUAUGCUUUUAUGGUUUUAUUCUAUUUAUUAUUAUUAGAAGUCGUAGGAAUUUUUAUUAAAACUAGGUGUGCUAGAGUUUUGGUAUAUUUACUUGAAUGUAUGAGGCAAACAGAAUGGGAUUGUGAUGUUUCCAGAUAUAUGAGGAUAAUUACCACAUCUAGUAAGGUAGUACGUAUUAAAUCAUCAGCAGUGGUCGGAAUUAGGUAGAGUUAUUCAUGUACUUACACUGAUUUCAUACAGCGAAAGAAUAAAGUGGAUUUGCCUCAAAUCCCAAGAUUAAUUUUAAAGAGCAGAAAAAAUCCCGUGAUUUUUUAAAUAAAAAGUUAUUUACUUUUACACAAUUUAAACUACUGCACGCACGACGUUGCCAAACUUACAUC